UUAACGCGGAAGUGAGCAGGCGGCGAACGUUGUGGUCGGAUUCGAGGCACAGAACCGCGUCCGCUCGAUCUUUACGCCACAAUGUGGAUCAGUGUAGCGAUCAUUUGCGUCGCUUUGGCCGUGUUCGUAUUCAAAUAUGUCCUCAGGAGCCCCGGGCCCAAUCCCUUCGAGAGGGACACCCGCGAACCGCUGAAAGAGAUGGUCCACGACAAGAAAGAGAAGAAAAAAGUGCUGAAGCAAGGUUUCGUGGCCAGUAAAGUCCCCGACAACCUGGAUGCCAUCAUCAUCGGCAGCGGGAUCGGUGGGCUUGGACUCGCGGUGCUGCUGGCCAAAGUCGGGAAAAGAGUCCUGGUUCUGGAGCAGCACGAUCGGGCCGGGGGUUGCUGUCACACAUUCACUGAGAAGGGCUUUGAGUUCGAUGUCGGGAUCCACUACAUCGGUGACCUGUUGGAACACAAGCCGUUCCGCUGCAUGCUGGACCAGAUGACCAACGGACAGCUGCAGUGGGAGCCUCUGGAGAAUCCGUUUGACCACGUAGUUCUGGGACCUCGGGAGAACCGCCGCCGGUACCCCAUCUACAGCGGCAGGACCCGCUUCCCCGAGGAGCUGAAGAAAUGUUUCCCUGGGGAGGAGAAGGCCAUCGACGAGUACGUGAAGCUGGCCAAGAAAGCCGGGCGGGGCAUUUGGCUCCUCGCGCUGCUGAAGCUCUGCCCCGUCCCCUUGGCUAAGUUCCUGGUCUACAGCGGCCUGCCCAAACGUCUGUCCUUCUUCUUCAAGAUGGCCUCCCGCAGCCUGACGGAGGUGGUCAAUGAACUGACGGAGAACAAAGACCUCCGGGCGGUGUUCGCCUACAUCUUUGGCACCUACGGCAACAUGCCGAAAGAUGCCAGUUUUUCGAUGCACAGCUUGCUGGUCACUCACUACCUAAACGGCGCCUGGUACCCGAAAGGUGGAGCCAGUCAAAUCGCCUACCACAUGAUCCCCAUCAUUGAGGAGGCCGGUGGUGCUGUUCUAGUUCGAGCCCCAGUUAACCGGAUCUUGUUCAAUGAUGCCAAGGAAGCCUAUGGUGUGAGCGUCAUGAAAGGUCAAGAGGAAAUCCACAUCCGUGCCCCUAUGGUCAUCUCCAAUGCUGGAAUCUUCAACACCUACCAGCAGCUGCUGCCCAAAGAGCUCCAGACCAUGCCAGCCAUCCAGCAGCAGCUCAGUAUGAUGAAGAACGGUGAAGGUGGACUGAGUGUUUUCCUGGGCCUAACCGGAACCAAGGAGGAGCUGGGCCUGAAAGCAGACAACUACUGGAUCUUUGUUGAGAACAACUUUGAUGAACUGGUGGAGAACUAUCUGAAGGGAAAGAGGGAAGAGUCUGCUAAAAAUGUACCUCUGCUGUUCGUUGCCUCUCCCUCGGCUAAAGAUCCAACCUGGGAGGAAAGAUCACCAGGCAAGUCCACCUUGAGCCUUGUCAGCUUUGCCAACUACGAGUGGUUCGAGGAGUGGAAGGACGACAAGGUGACCAACCGAGGGGCGGACUACAAAGAGCUGAAACAGGCCUUCAUCGACUCUAUCGUGGAGGUGGUCAUGGACGUCUUCCCCAAGAUAACCAGAGACAAGAUUGAGUACAUUGAUGCAGGAACCCCCAUCACAAACACACACUACAUUGGAGCCCCCAAAGGUGAAAUCUACGGAGCGGACCAUGGCGUCGCCCGGUUCAGCCCUGAACUCAACGCUACAGUGAGACCUCAGACUCCACUGAAGAACCUCUAUCUGACAGGCCAGGAUGUGUUUGUGUGCGGCUUUGCCGGCGCUCUCGCUGGAGCUCUCAGCUGCGGCUCGGUCAUCCUCAACCGCAACCUCCACCUGGAUGCCAUCGCCCUGGCAAAGAAAACAAAAUUUGUUAACGCCAAAUUGAAGGGGGAGUAACUCUCUGCCAAUAUUCAGCCGAGGGACUGUUAUAUACUGUAAUUAACCAUUAAGCUGGUCUCGCAACAAACUCGCACAAACAAAAAAUCCUUGUGUAAGGAGGGAAGACUCUCAGGUUCCAUCUAACAAGAUGAAUCGUUAAUGCCAAAAUAAAGUGGAAAGCUUAAUUUUCCACGCCGACUCAUACCAAAACUAAACUUAGCUUCUGCUUUGACUUGUACACACCCAGAGUAAUUCACGUUUGACUACUUCAGUUUUGUUAAACUGUGAAUAACAGAACACUUCAGAUGUUAUAUGUCUGAGUAAUGAAGCUGCUGAGCUCUGUCAACUUGCACUUAUCAAAUCAACAUAACAUGACCUCAUGCAAAUACUUUUGUAAAUCAUUCAACUGUGUUGAAAUUCAUACACAAGUUGCCGUGUUGCUUAUUUUUUUUUGUGUGUUUGGGUUGUUUUUUUUUUUUUUUCUCAAAACUACCAACUCUGUGCCUAAUUAUGCCAUCUGUUUGGUUUGCAGUUUUUACAAGGGAUUUCUCCCUAUUGAUACUAAAGGGUACAAACAAUAAAUUUGAUUCGUUCUCAGGUGUACUAUGUAUAUUUAUCAUGAUUUUUUCACAACUGUUAAAAAUAAUCUUUCUCCUCUUACUUUGUUGGUUGAUGAUUCACCCUUCACGUUGUUGUUGUUGUUGUUGUUGUUGUAAGGGUAACACCCACCAAUAUAAGCAGCAAUAACCAAAUAUAUUUGUUUACACUUACAAAUUGUUUGACUUUAAA